AUGAAGGGAAAGAAAUUAUUGGAUGAUGAUGAGGAAUUUCUAAGGUCAAAAUCAUAGAUAGUAUAUAAUAAAUAAAAUGUAGGAUGUAUUUCCAAGGUGGUAAGAAUUGAAACCAUUGGGUAAAAAUAUCCAUAGAAGAUCAUAUCAUUCAUGUGUGGCUCAUGAGAAUUAGUAAAUUGAGAAUUAAUAAUCUUAGCCUUUAUGUCUAUGGAGGAUAUGAAACAAACGAGGGAAUCUUGAGUGAUUUUUGUAGAAUACCAUCACCUGUUUCACCAAAGCCUUUUUGUUGGACAACCUUGGUUAAGAAAGCAGCAGCGGAUAAUGCAAAUAAUCUCAUUCCAGGGCCAUUGAGAAAUCAUACAGCAAUAGUUCAUUAAAAUAGAAUGUACAUGUUCGGAGGAAAGGAAAACUUGAUGUCUCCAACUGCAAAAUUAUGGAUCUAUGAUUUCUAGGAAGAGGUAUUUAUUGAGGGGAAGGAAUGUAUAAUUGAGGGCAAGAAGAUGGCUGUGGAAGGUCAUUCAAGUUGUCUAUGGAAUGAAUAGGUAGAAGUGCAAAGAAUUAUUUUUAGUAAUAGAUGGUUGUCUUUGGAGGAUUUUACAGUGAUACUGGAUAUAGAUCAUCAAUAUUAUUUUAUGAUUUGUAGAAGGAGGAUUGGACAAUGAUAUUCAAAGGAGAUAACAAUUCAGCACAAUUUCCAAAAGGAAGAGCAGAAGCAGGAGUUACAUUAAUUGGAAAUUCAUUGUAUGUGUAUGGAGGAUGCAAUUACGAAUCAAGAUUUGGAGAUUUUUGGAAAUUUGACUUGGAAAAUAGACAAUGGGGAUUAAUUGUAACAGAAAAGUCUCCAGGAGUAAAUUAUUUAAUUAAUAAUUUAUAUAGACAAGAUCAUCCACUUCCUUGUUGGUUCAUCCUCAAGGAAUUAUGCUAUUUGGAGGAAUUCAUGAUAUAACUCAUGAGAAAAAUGAUUUAUGGCUAUACAGAACAAAUGAAUGGAUGCAAUUGGAGGAAGAUACUAGUAGAAGAUAAGUGGCAGAUGAAAUGCUAAAUGAUUCUGCUUUUGAUAAAGCAAGUUAAGCAAGACCAUAAAAGAAGGAGAAAGGUAGGAAUGAACCUAGAUCCUUUUUAUUAUUGGACGAUGAGCCAAAGAAUUCUAUUCAUUAGAGAAGAAAUUCAGUGAAAAAUCUUGAUUAAAAGUAACCCACUGACACAAACAAUAAUUUCUAAUUAAACAGUAUGGAUGAAUAGAAAAAGAAGAGAUUGCAACAAAAGAAAAACUAAAUGCUGUAUCAUCAUAAUAUUAUAUAAGAGCUGAAUUCGAAUUGAAUGAGGAAGAAAAAUCAAAAUAUAGGAGUUCAUCACCAACUACUGACCAGAUCAAGAAUUCAAUAAGUGUGAUCACAAAUUAAGAGAAAUAAGGAGGUUAACGAAAGAUAUAAUCACCAACAGGAAAAAAGAAUGCAAUCUAAGCAUCUCUUAGUGGCAAGAAGCCAUGUGCAAGAGAUGGUCACAGUGCUAUUGUAAUGGGUGAAAUAAUGAUAGUGUUUGGUGGAGACAGAAAUUUGAUGUCCUUCAAUGACAUCUAUAUGUACUCGUUCAAUUAAAAAUGAUAAUCUAUAAUUGUUAUGAAUAAC